AUGACAGAUUACGCUCUAACAGAGCCACAGCGAUUUACGAGGCAACAGCAUAAUAAUUAUAAUAAUCAAGUAGGCCAAAACUGGGAAGCCUCUAGCAUGCCAGCUCAAGAAAUGCAAAAUUAUGAGCAAACAGUUAGCUCAACCUCAGUAAAUAACUGGGUCAUGCACGGUAACCCUUCUUAUGCCGCUCAAGGAAAUACAUACCAGGCAAAUGGUCAAAACGGGAUUUCGUCAGGUUACGGUACAUCUGUAUCAGAGCAGCCCUCAACAAACCAUGUCAACGUACAUCGAACCAUUUCAAAUAGUAUAGGUAUAUCGGUUAAUACAUCUAACCUUCCGGUAGGUAGCGCUAAUGUAAUCAGUACAGACGCUGGUAAAAUCAUUUGUGUUGCAGAUGUAAGAGGCAACAUUUCUCAAUUGAAUCAACUCGCAAAACAAACCGGUGCUAUUGCUGUUAUUCAUUCGGGCGAUUUCGGAUUUUAUGAAAAUAAUAGUCUGGAUCGAAUUAGCGAUAGGACUUUACGUCACCUUGUUACUUAUAGUACUAUCAUACCUACACAAUCAAGAAACAAACUUCUUCAUAAUUCUACAUCUCCAGAGGAACUACGUCGCACAAUUCUUGAAUCACCUACUCCUCUAUUAUCUGAAUUUCCACUUUUCAUGAAAGGAGAUAAAACACUCGAUGUUCCUGUAUAUACAGUAUGGGGUGCAUGUGAAGAUGUUACUGUUUUAGAAAAAUUUAGGAUGGGACAUUACAAAGUGCAUAAUUUAUUUAUUUUAGAUGAAGCCAACACUUAUGUAAUCGACGUGGGUGGCGUAAGUUUAAGAUUGUUUGGAUUAGGUGGUGCCGUGGUUCAACAUAAACUCUUUGAUAAUGGCGACGGUAUUGCAACCAUUGCCGGGGGUCAUGGAACUAUGUGGACAACUAUUUUACAGAUAGGUGAAUUGGUUGAUACUGCUCAAAAAGUGUUCGAUCCAACUGAGACGAGAGUACUUGUCACACACGCUAGUCCUGGUCGUGAGGGACUUUUAGCGCAAUUAUCUGUUGUUUUACGUGCUGACUUCACUAUUUCCGCUGGACUUCAUUUCCAUUACGGCAUUUCAUACAACGAUGAUUCUCAGAGAGUUCUAUUGCAAAACGCACUCACUGUUGUAGAUAAAGUUCCAUCGGUUAAUAGAGAAAGGGAAGAGCCUUCCUUUAAAAAUAUGUGGAACUUUAAUCUGCCCGAUGCUGCAUUUGGUUGGGUAUUAUUGGAUAUUAAAGAUGGUAGAGUAUCUGCCGAGACAAAAGCACAAG